AUGGCGACCAAGGAAAAAAAGAUUCUGCAACAGCUAACGCGUACUUACAACGAUCGAGCGAGUAUUAUACAAGGUUUCGUUAAUUUCAUCACGAAGUACGAUGCAUUAGUGCAUAGUGUAGAAAUAGAGACACGGUUACAAGGUUUAGAAGAUGCAAAGUUGGCGUUUGAAGUGGCUCGAGAUAAGCUUCUGGUAGAGAAUGAUGAUUGUGAUUCGGAGCAAUUGAGAAUUGAUCGUGAGUUAUUCUACCAGCAGUACUAUCAAGUGAAGGGUUUUUUGACCAACAAAAUGGCCGAGGAGAAUAUUACACGUCUGGACACGAGUGUCCGAUUCGGUGGGAACAGUACCUUGUCGCAAACUUUACACGGAGCGUCGCGAGUGAGAUUGCCAAAGAUGGAAUUACCGACAUUCAGUGGUGAAAUAACGCAAUGGCUCACUUACAAAGACAGGUUUACAUCGAUGGUGCAUGAUGUCGCCGAUUUGUCUGACGUGUUAAAGCUCCAGUAUUUGUUAGCGUCACUGAAGGGGGAAGCAGCGCAGCAGUUUGACCAUGUGCAGUUGAUCGACGGCAAUUAUGCCAGCACAUGGAAGGCCCUAACGGAUCGCUAUGAUAAUUCCAAGGUGACCAGGCGAGAGUACUUCAAGGCGUUAGUGCACCUGGAGCCGAUGACGUCGGAUAGCGUAUCAGAGCUUACGCGUGUUGUUAACGAGAUCAAGCGUCUGGUUAGAGGAAUGGAACGUCUUAAGGAACCAAUCACUCACUGGGAUACACCACUGGUCGCAUUGACCAUGCUGAAGCUGGAUAAGCAGCAGUUGCUGGAGUGGGAGAGGGCGUCAGCCGAUGCGACGGAAGACAAGUACAAGAUGAUGAUAGAAUUCCUCGAGAAGCAGACGAAGAUGUUCAACAACGUUUCGAGUCAUAGUAUCAGAGUUAUCACCACGAAAUCCGCAAGUAAUACGAAAAGUGCAACUUCUAAUAAUGUGUCUUCUAGUCUUCCAGGUAAACUAUCUGGAAAGGCACUUGGGCGUAUCAGUCAGCCGAGAGGUUCACAAGCGGUCGCAAUGGCAUGUACGGCAGAAGCUCGAGGAGAAAAUAUGGCUAGGUGUUCACUAUGUAGCGAAAAUCACCCCUUGGCAAGUUGUUCGAAGUUCGAGGAAAUGUCUCUAGAUGAGCGACAGCGAGUUAUAGCAUCGGACACCUUGUGCUUCAACUGUUUAAAGGGAAACCAUCGUGCUCGGUUUUGCAGAAGCAGAGAAAGAUGCAAGAUUUGCAAGGGACGACAUCACGUUUUAAUGUGCAGAAAACCAUCGGAAUCACAGCUGAACAGUAAUAGCCACGGUAUCCAUCAAGAAGGUCGAUUGACAAGGGGCAAGGAGCAAGUCACCAUGAUCAAUGCCAUGGCCCGAGGUGAUACCAAGAAAAGUAUGGUGUGGCUGUCUACAGUGCAAGUACUAAUUAGUAACUCCUGGGGAGUAGAAGUUCCUGUAAGAGCACUGCUCGACCAAGGUUCGCAGUGUAACUUCAUCUCGGAAGCAGUGGCGCAACAGUUAAGGCUGAAGAAAAGGCGGGUGCAGAGACCACUUUCUGGUGUUGGAGCGGCAGUGUUCAACGUGGAAACCUUGGUGUCGGUAGACGUUAAAUCUCGUAACUCAUCGUAUGCAGCGUGUUUGGAGUGUUUGGUGCUUCCGAAGGUUACGGCGAGAUUCCCAGCACAAUACAUCGAUAUCAAAUGGUGGAAAAUUCCAGAAGACUUGCCACUAGCAGAUCCAGGGUUCAACCAGCCAGAGAAGAUAGACCUACUGAUUGGUGCAGAAAUAUUCGGAGAGUUGUUACAACAAGGACAACUAAGAUUGGCACCACAUCUACCCAUGCUUUUAGAAACGAAACUUGGCUGGAUAAUUAGUGGACGUGAAGUAUGUAAGGGUUCCAUCGAGUCUUCGGUUACACUAGCUAAUUGCGUAUUAUCGGAAGAAAAACUAAAUGCAGCCAUGGAACAACUAGUAAUGCUCGAAAACAUACCGGAGGAAAGAGUUCAGUCCAGCGAAGAGGAAGCUAUGGAACAGUGGUAUCUACACACGACCACACGAGAGAAAACUGGACGUUAUGUAGUCGAACUCCCCAAGAUACCUCAGUACGAGGAAAGGCUAGGUGAUUCCAUGCAAGGUGCCGUAAAACGAUUUGCAUCAAUAGAAAGGCGUUUGGCACGAGACAACAGACUCAAGGAGCAAUAUAGCGAGUUCAUGGAAGAAUACCUUCGACUGGGUCACAUGACCGAAGUUUCAUCCGCUGAGAAGGAGCAUAUGGAGGGAAGUCGUUAUUAUCUACCUCAUCAUGCGGUGUUGAAACAAGCGAGCACAACUACAAAGUGCCGCGUGGUAUUUGAUGCCUCGCAUAAGACCAGCACGGGAACAUCAUUGAAUGACAUCCUUCUUAACGGUCCGCAGCUACAAGAUGAUAUUGUAUCAAUUCUUCUUCGUUUUAGGAUGAGAAGAAUAGGGGUUGUUGCCGAUGUGGAAAAAAUGUACAGGCAGGUUCUAGUGUCACCGACAGACAGAAAUCUACAAUGCAUCCUCUGGCGCAAAGAAGGGUCGGAAAACGUCUCAACUUUCCAAUUGAACACCAUAACGUACGGAACGGCCUGCGCUCCUUAUUUGGCCAUUCGAACAUUGCGGAAAAUAUUCGAAGAUCACGAAGAAAGCCAUCCGAAGGCUAUGUGUUGGUACAACGACUUUUACGUCGACGAUCUUCUUAGUGGUGCUGAUACAGAAGAAGAAGUUCAACAGAUUCGGAGUCAGCUGGUUGAGAUGCUUGGUAGCGCUGGCUUCAGAAUUCGAAAAUGGGCUUCGAAUGCGGCAAAUGCCUUGAAAGAUGUUCCGAAAGAAGACCUAGCUGUGAGCGAAGAAGUGAAUAUUGAAGGAGCAGGUGUUGGCACGUUAGGACUGGUGUGGAAGCCAAAUCUCGAUGUCUUCAGCAUUCGGGUACCGGUUAUAGAUACAUCCAAGCCGAUUACGAAACGGAACGUGCUGAGCAACCUGGCCAAGAUGUAUGAUCCUCUUGGAUUUUUAGAUCCGAUCAAGAUGAAAGGGAAACUACUGAUGCAAACCCUACGGACACUGAAGGAGCCUAAUGGAAGAACGUGGUCGUGGGAUGCAGAACUACCAGAGAAGAUCCAAUCAGAGUACAGUGUAUUCUCCGGCAAGUUGAACCUGUUGGAUGGCAUUGUCGUUCCACGGUACCCGAAGUUGGGCACCAAUUGGCAAUAUCACAUUUUUUGUGAUGCUUCCGAGCGAGGCUACGGUGCGUGUGUCUACAUUCGAAGCGGCUCAGUUACGAAAGGAUUCAAUAUCAGUUUGAUCAUAUCAAAGUCGAAGGUGGCACCGUUAUCGAAAAAACUGGUGAUCGCGAGGUUGGAGUUGUGCGGAGCACUUUUGGCGAGUCGGUUGUAUCAGUUCAUUCGUAAUGCACAGCUGCAAGAAGCACCAUGUUUCAUCUGGACGGAUUCGAUGACCACUUGGCACUGGAUAAAUGGGUCCCCGCAUACCUGGAAGACGUUUGUGGCCAAUAGAGUAGCUAAGAUCCAGACCCUGACAAAGCAUUGCGUUUGGCGACAUGUGCCUGGGUUGCAGAAUCCAGCUGACCUCGUGUCACGAGGUUGUGAUCCAGAUGAUUUCUGCAAGAACUCGCUGUGGUGGUCGGGGCCAGAAUGGUUGGCACUAAAUGAAGAAAAUUGGCCGGACCCACCUGAGACAGGAGCAUCACCGGAGAUAGUGACAAUAGCGAUUGAAGAGGAGCGAGCUGCAGCCAGUGCAUCAACUGAGUCAUCAGAAAAGAAGAAUAUGUUUAGUGAACAUUUGUUCAAGCGAAUAUCGUCGUACACUACUCUAUGUCGAGUUGUAGCAUAUUGUAUGAGAUUUGGGACGGCGAUGAAAUCGAAACGAAAGCAGCUUUCUACGAGUCUGUCAACGGAGGAGAUAUUAAAUGCUGAAAUUCGCAUAAGUCGGUUGGCUCAAGUGGAAGUAUUUUCGGAAGAGAUAAGGCAGUUGCGAAAGGGUGAUCGAGUACCUGGAAAGUCACCAUUAUCAACGCUUGCCACUUAUCUGGACGACCAUGGUUUAGUACGAGUGAAGGGGAGGCUGGAUAAUUCAUCAUUGAGCGACUGGACGAAACAUCCGAUAGUUAUCCCGAAGACGCAUCAGCUAUCAGAACUGUUAGUGCAACACUAUCAUCGAAAGUUACUGCAUGCAGCACCGCAGUUAACAGCCAUCGCACUUCGUCAACGUUUUUGGGUGCUUGGCGCGAGAACGACUAUUAGGAAGGUGUGCCGUGAGUGUGUGAUAUGCUUCAAGGCCAAGCCAUCGAGUGUUGUUCAACCAAUGGCACAAUUACCAGCAGAAAGGGUCAUGAAGGCUCGACCUUUUUCAAUAUCUGGUGUGGACUAUUGUGGGCCUGUCUUCAUCAAAGGAAGUCAUCGGAAGGCAGCACCAAUUAAGGCCUUCAUCGCAGUUUUUGUAUGUUUCGUCACCAAGGCGGUACAUCUAGAGUUGGUUUCAAACCUCAGCACAGAAGCAUUCUUAGCGGCUUUAAGGAGAUUUGUCGCGAGGAGAGGACUAGUGUCGGAGAUGCAGUCGGACAACGGAACCAACUUUAAGGGUGCCGCAAACGAGUUAAACGCCCUUUAUAAACUAUUACAGUCGUCUCAAUUUCAGAAUUCGGUACAAGAGUGGAGCAGCUCGAGUCGUAUCACCUGGCGAUUUAUUCCUCCUCGUGCUCCGCAUUUCGGUGGACUGUGGGAAGCAGCGGUACGUUCAAUGAAGCUUCAUCUUAAACGUGUACUUGGAGACACAUCGCUGACGUACGAGGACAUGACGACUUUGCUGACUGAAAUAGAGGGAUGUUUGAAUUCGCGACCGAUCACGCCGAUGUCCGACGAUCCUGCGGACCUAGAAGCGCUAACCCCAGGGCACUUCUUAACUGGAUCAAACAUGCAGCAGCUACCAAACCUCGACAUGAAGGACGUCCCAGAAAAUCGGUUGAAUCAUUGGCGAGCCACGCAACAACGCGCUCAACAUUUCUGGAACCGAUGGCAUAAGGAGUAUUUGCAACAACUGAAUGCGAGGACAAAGUGGAAUGGGAUUGCUACAGAGCUUAAACCAGGAAUGAUGGAAGAGGAGCUGGAUGAGCUGCCGGGUGUGUCCGAAUGGACCGGGGCGUAG